ACAAGAUGCCAUGUGGCGGAGAGACCGAUACACCACGGGAGGACGCCUAAGUCUUCACUCUGAUCUGCGACUUCAAGGUUCCCGGAUCUGUCGCGCGCCUCCACAGUCUCCGACGGCCGUCGACCCGGACAGCCGCGCGGAAACUUGCUGGGAGAAAUCGGAAACGGUGAAAACUCGCGUCCCAAGACUCUCGAGCGCGACUUCCCGCGAUAUCACGUGGAGUGCGCUCCUUGAAGUACCCUCUUGGCGUUGGUCAGAAGAGAGUGCGGGGUUAUCGUUUUCCGCUUCAUUCGGCGCAGUCUCGGUAAAUCCCCCGGCGGGAGUACGUUCCCGCGCUCUGCCCCAUCUCUCGUGCGGAAUCGCGAGUUUUCGCGUAUAACGCGACACACGUCGAUCGCGUGUGUGAUCGUUGAAUUGAUCAGCGACCAGGCGUUCUCGCGUGGUGUGCUCGAUACAAACUUUAAUUGAUUUUGGCGUCCUGAUACACGAUUGAAGUUUCUCCGAAGCUGCGCUGUUCGCCAGAUACGCAAAGAUCACCGUGCGGUGAGACAGGAAAGAAGACAAGGGAGCGGGACAAGUAAGUCGAGUGACUUAAGUGGCGAGAAAGGGACGCGAGGGUGCGUUCUUGGCGGUUUUAGUGAAUCAGAGCGGAAGAUUCCGCGCGCACAGAAUUGGCCGACACGGCAAAGUUAACGGUGAAGUUAAGAAAAAAGAGUUAACGCCGGCACUAUCGAACGCGUCGGUGUCACUUCGGCGAGAACGCUGAUUCAUUAUUCCAACGAAGAGAGUUGAGGAGGGAAAAGUAAGUCCGUUAUUGCGGCGAGUAAAGUGCAGAGCAAACACGUCGUCGCAGCCUUCUCGACGGCAGGCCAUCCUCGUCAUCGUUUGAUUCUGGUUCUCAGUUAAGUUUCUCGUUUAUUGCACUCGUAUGAACUGUCCGACGAUCUGGAGACGAUCAUAUCCUCCGGAUAACUCCACCUGAGGCUUGAACUUAGAGGAAGGAACCGCGUAUCGGUCGCUUGAAUAUCGACGAGGAGUCGAACAACCAGGACACGUGGAUGAUAUUUUCUUGAGAGAACCUCGACUUGGACUACAACACGCUAUUGCUGUAGAAGGAAUCGCGAAUCCGCAGGACUAUCGGUCAACAGCUCCCCGCUCGUGAUGAGCUCGCUCGAGGGUGAACGCGUGGACGUUCGGCGCGCUUCGAGAACUGCCUUACGGCGAUCCAGGUGAACAGCUGCAGUGACCAGCGCGAGAGAUCGCACGUUUCCUACGACGAGUCGCAUGAAAUGAUGACCCUCGUGACGGACGCGGUGCCUUACGGCUAUGAGGCGGUCACGAGGCCGCCCUACGACGCUUACCGUCACCAUCAUCUGCACCACCACCAUCAUCAUCGGUAUCGGCGCGUCUACACGCCGACGGAGCCCGAGUACCUGCAGGGAUACGUCACCAGGAGGGACACGGACGAUCGCGCGAGAAUCGUCGGCGCCAACAACGCGUUGACCGCGGCGGCCGCCAGUCCGUUGAACUAUCGCGAUCGCAAUGAUCGCAUCAGGUCGCAGUCCCGAUACACCCUCGAUUCGGACGACGCCUCGUCGGUGAUAUCGGCGGACGCCUCGGCCGACCUCGAGUCCGGCUCCGCAGACGCCGACGAGACCAACGAGACCAACGAGACCGGUGAAACCAACGAGACGGGCGAAACGAACGAGGGCGAGUCGAUCGAGCACGUGCCACAUCCUCACGUUUUAGACGCCGGCUCGCCACACGGCCCGCGCAGAUGUCUUCUAUGGGCCUGCAAGGCCUGCAAGAAGAAAACGGUCACUGUCGAUCGAAGGAAAGCAGCAACCUUGCGGGAGAGACGCCGCUUGAGAAAGGUUAACGAGGCCUUUGAGGUGCUCAAGAGAAGAACCAGCAACAAUCCUAACCAACGCUUACCGAAAGUGGAGAUACUGCGAAACGCUAUCGAAUAUAUCGAGAGUCUCGAGGCGCUGCUGCAAGGAAACCGACCUUCCGGACAUCAGGAUCACCCUUCCGCCGAGAACAUGAAUGGAGAGUCGCCGCAGUACGUGACGGACAGACUUCGGCAAUUCUCGGAUCCUUUGGCAAGGUUUCAACCAAUUAACGGCUUCGAGCAGGCCGAAGCGUUGUCUUCGCAAAACAACGGCAGCAGCUUGGAUUGCCUCAGUAUGAUCGUGCAGAGUAUCAACGGGCCCGUGCAACCGUCCUCCGACAGUCAUUACUCGACGCAUCAUUGAGGUUACACAGUAUCGAUAUUUAAUUCUCUCAGAACGGCCUUUUCCGCCCUAGAGCUCUUACGCAUGCUGCUCACGAUGUCUCGAGUGAAUGCAUAAAUACAGCCAAAGACUCGGUUAUUCUCGUUGCCGAAUAACCCCGGUGCGUUGCACAGAGAGUUUCAGAAAUCGUCGAAAGUGUACUUUUAUUGAUCCGCGGAUGAGAACGACUCGAAUGACUGCUAUUUCGAUGUCGCUGAAUCGAUAAUCACGCGAAUAUCUAAAAUUCAUAGUUAAGAACCUCAAUCGAGUUCCGGCGAUGCAAACUAAUCUUAAAGUAAGAUUCCAGCUAGAGCCUCUUGAAAUACUUCCUCCCUUGGACGGAGACUUGGUUUAAAAUAUUUUUCUGUCGACGAGCAAUGGUUGUUUGCUCGAUUUCAGGAAAACAGGGUCAAAAUAGACUCUAAACCCAAAGGAUUUCUAGUCUAAAAAAGAGGGUGAAGAGAGAAUAUAUUCUACCUCUGAAACUCUGUGUAUAUCCUGAUGUCGGUGUAUGCCGGACACAUUCGCGCGAAUUUUUGUCGAAGCAGGAAUUAUGGAUGUCGUAGGCGAUUAACAGGCGCGGAAUACUCGACACCGGAUGUAUGCAAAUAGGUUUCCGAUCGUUGUCGAUAAAUCUAUGCAAAACACCGGAGAAGCGCCGUAAAAUAGCCAAAUAUUUUGUCUAUACCAAAGGAAAAUAUUUUCAAAGAUAAUUCUCUGCGAGCGAAGCUUAAGAUAUUGCAGGCAGAAGGUAAUAAGGGAGGAUGAGAAUUCGCGGCGAGAUUGUAUUUUUAAACAGAUUUCUAAUUGAUUCUUCCAAUGUGAAAAUUUGUCAUGGGAUUGUCGUGUAUUAUUCGUUGCGAUUUUUUUGCAAUUAUCGCUUUUUAAACGUCGACUAAGUUGAGUCAAGACUCCUGAAUGAAAUAUUCGCGUUAGUGUGUAAUGAUAAUUUCUUGAUUAAUCGGCAAUGAUAGUGUCUCGUUUCUUAUUCGCGUUCUCAAAUAACUCGAGACUUGGCAAUUCUAUCGUUAUCGAACACAAUUAUGUGCUUAAACAUGUCACGGUGCUUGAAGUAAACUUAUUCACAUGUUCGAUACGGACUUCUGUAGAAAAUCGAUCCUCCUUGAUAUUUCUAAUUUUUGCAAUAGUCAACCGUGGCAAGUGUGACACGCGGAACGAUGUAGGCGCUGAAAGCAUCAUCAGUCACGCUGUAAUCGUAUUUAUCUCCAACGACAGAGGGUAUAUUUCUUUCUUUCCGUGUCGUCGCCAUUUUAAUCUCUCUCUAUUUUACAUGGAGCUUUUUCUUGAUUAUUCGCGACCAUCGUCGCGAGGCCACGCGCGCUUACGUCGUUUUGCAUCCCCAAGCCCGAAAUCACGAGUUCAGACUUUCGACGUGGCGAAUGAGCCGUCUGCCUUUCGGAAGUUUUACGAGAGACGCCUGUGUCUCGACACGCUUAACGAUUCCCCCGGGAACAAAUCGCCAAACUUUUUAUGUGCCUGCGAGCGAGCGAGCGAGCGAGCCACCACGUUGGUGUGUUAGCCUUGUUGAUACCGCGAUGAAUGUAAAUAUGUGGAAUGAUGAAACAAUAAAGUGAGGAGCAACGGAAAAGAGCGAGCAGUCGUGCGUCUACG